UUGUCAGUCACCGCGGGGCUACGCGUGAUUGGCCAAUCCUACCGCAGCAGGCUGAUUUCUUUCUGAAUACGGGUGGGCGAAUAGCGUUUGCUCGGUGUGUUUUGCUUGGGUUUGCGUGGUUUUUGCUGUAUCGGUUUUAAAAGCUCUGCUGAUGGACAGUGAGGUUCAGAGGGACGGGAGAGUGCUGGAUCUAACCGAUGAUGCCUGGAGGGAGGACCGGCUUCCCUACGAAGAUGUAACGAUUCCUCUGAGUGAACUCCCAGAAGCAGAGCAGGAUAAUGGAGGAUCCACAGAAUCUGUCAAAGAGCAAGAAAUGAAGUGGUCUGACUUGGCUCUGCAAAGUUUACAUGAAAAUACUCCAAGUACCGGAACAUAACAGAUUUCAUAUCAAAUGUUAUAUUGUGUGUCUGGAUGUUCACUGUUUUUUACAAAUAAAACGUUAUAUGUAAAUAUUA